AUGUUCGUGCAUGGCAUUUGCGAAUUCCCCAUGCACUGCUACUUUGGCGACUGCGUCCACGAAGCCCUGGAGGGAUCGUGGCGCUGCCACUUCCACCGGCACCGGCUCAAGUGCAACAUCGCCGAGUGCCGCAACCAAGUGUAUGCACGCGGCCUCUGCGUCCGGCAUGGCGGCAAAUCGCGCUGCCAAGUCGACGCGUGCGACACCAACGUGCGCGACGGCAGCUUCUGCGCCAAGCACGGGGGCGGGAAGCGGCGAGGCAAUUGCAUCGAAGCCGGAUGUGUCAACCGGGCACAGGCGCGCCAGCGUUGCAUUCGCCAUGGCGGCGGGAACCACUGCCGCGCCGACAACUGCCUCAAGUACGCACGCACGAACGGGCUUUGCACCCGCCACAGUCGUGCUCUCAUGACGCUGCCAUGGCUUGCCAAGCCGGUGCCGGUGGAGCCGACUCCAGCCGUAUCGAUGGCGGAGUCGGACGACUGGAUAGACUGUGCGAUCCUUGCCGACCUCU